GAGAGAGGGUAAUAUGCAAAUACCUACAACUCUAGGGGCUACAUAUGGUAAUAAGCCAUAACUUAAUUUGAGUGAUUAAACAAACAUCCGUCUCAACGCAGAAAGCUGAGCCUCAGCGUCAUCCAUCUUCAUAAGAGUUCGCUCAAGAAAGCCAAGCGUUGUUCGGCAUUAAUCACAUACACUUGUUCGCCGUUACUCCUCUGCCUUCAAGAAAUCCUUCAGAAAUACUCACUUCGUCUUCGAUAUCCGUUCAGUAAAAAAUGGCAGCAGAAUUCUCCAAAGCAGUUGAACUUGGCCUCAAGCUCUCCAAACGAAUCUACUACGGCAAGAACGCACCAACAGUCUCCUUGGCGCCGCCGCGUGGGGCGGAGAUGACGGCCGAGACGGAGAGUUACCUACCGACCGCGGUUAUGGUGUACGCUGAGAUAAAUGAGCCGGGGGUGGUGGAUAAUCCUGAUGUUCCGAGCUACCAGCCGUAUGUUCACGGCAGGCCGGUGUUGAUUCCGUUGCACAUGCAUGGGGUGGAGCUGGAGGUGGAUUGCUAUUUGGACACGGCUUUCGUAACCGUCAGCGGCGCGUGGAGAGUACACUGUGUCGCUGCGAGUAGGAGUUGUGACUGCCGCAUUGCUGUGCCGAUGGGCGAACAGGGUUCAGUUCUAGGUGUAGAAGUUGAAAGCCCUUUCAAGUCAUACUCUACACAAUUGAUUUCAUUGGAAGCUACAGGAGAUGCGGUCAAAGCAGCAAGCAGUAAAGAUGGAUUCCUGAUAAAAGGCCAGAUAUACACACUAAGGGUUCCCCAGGUAGAUGGCGGAACAAUGCUAUCAAUUAAAGUCAGUUGGUCCCAGAAGUUGUUCUAUCAAGAUGGGCAAUUUUGCCUUGACGUGCCUUUUGUUUUUCCUUCAUACGUCCUUCCUAUGGUGAAGAACUUAGUUAAAAAGGAAAAGAUUUUAGUGAAUGUGAAUUCUGGAAUUGGAAAUGAACUCUUGUUUGAAAGUGCUAGUCAUCCUUUGCAGAGAAUAGGACAAGAAGGCUCAAAAACUGGAUUUUCUUAUGAGAGAGAAGUUUCAAUGUGGUCCACGAAUGACUUUAAUUUUUCAUACAAUAUUUCUUCAAGUGAAAUUGUUGGCGGUCUGCUGUUGCAGUCUCCAUCUUUGGAUGAUUAUGAUCAGAGGGAGAUGUUUUGCUUUUAUCUAUACCCAGGGAAAUGGAUAAGUAGUAAGGUUUUCAGAAAAGAAGUGGCGUUUUUAGUUGAUAUAAGCGCAAGCAUGCAGGGAAGUCCGCUUGAGAAUGUUAAAACAGCGCUUGUAGCUGCUCUUUUAAAGCUCAAUCCUGUAGAUACUUUCAACGUUAUAGCUUUCAAUGGAAGUUCUUUAUUAUUUUCUCCAUCUUUGGUACCAGCAACUAAGGAGCACAUUGGAAAAGUUUCUGAAUGGAUUCAGACCAAAUUUAUAGCUGAGGGUGGCACAAACAUCUCUGCUCCUCUGGACCAGGCUAUCAACAUGUUCUCAAAAACUGUUGAUGUACUUCCCAUAAUUUUUCUCAUUACUGAUGGAGCCGUUGAAGAUGAAAAAGACAUUUGUGAUGCAAUGAGAGGCCACCUCAUGAAGGGAGGGUUGACCAGUCCACGAAUUUGCACGUUUGGCAUAGGUUCUUACUGCAAUCAUUACUUCCUGCAAAUGCUUGCACAAAUCGGGAGGGGCUAUUUUGAUGCUGCUUUUGAUAUAGGGUCAAUCAACUCGCGAAUGGGAAGAUUAAUUAGUAAAGCAUCAUCAGUCGUACUUGCAGAUAUAACCGUUGAUGCUUUGAAACAUCUUGAUUCCCUUGAGAUUUAUCCGUUUCAUAUUCCAGACCUGUCGGCUGGAUGUCCAUUGGUUAUAUCAGGAAGAUAUUGUGGAAACUUUCCUGACCGAGUUGAAGUUGGUGGCACCUUAGCUGAUUCAAGCAAUUUUGAGAUAAAUGUGAAAGUGCAAAGUGCAAAAAAUAUACCUAUUGACAGAGUACUUGCAAGGAGACAAAUUAAUGCACUUACAGCCCAUGCAUGGUUUUCCGGAAGCAAACAACUGGAGGAAAAGGCCACAAAACUAAGCCUGCUUACAGGGGUGCCUUCUGAGUAUACGAUCAUGAUUCUAAUUGAGACUGAUAAAACGAAGUUAUCUUCCAAGUCAAAAACAGCAGAAGAGAAAACGCCUGACCUUAAAGGGCAGAAGAUAGUAUUCCUGCGGGGACUGGGCAUUGGCUUUGGCAGUGUCCAGGCCACAGCUGAAAACCGACCUCCUGAACAUGCCGAGCCUAAGCUAUACGAAACUUCAGAAAAGAUAUUUAAAGCAGCCUCAGAUUUUUGUGGGAGAGUGGUGGAUUGCUGUUGCUGCAUGUGUUUCAUUCAGUUCUGCAACCGGCUCAACGACCAAUGUGCAGUUGCUCUUACUCAGCUCUGUACAGCUCUCGCAUGUUUCGGGUGCAUGGAGGUGUGUUGUGAUAUCUGUACUGGUGAUUAGAUGCAUCUGAUAGGAUUCAAGACUCACUGCAAAAUUCAUGUACAUAACAAGAGCUGCUUCCAACUGUUUGCACAAUGACACAGUUGUGUAGUUAUUAUUAUGCUUCAAAACAAAUGGAACUGUUUGCGGUA